AUGGCUGCUCUGGACGAAAAGCUCAACGUGGCUAGAGACGAGACCAACUCGACCAAGUCCUCGUCCUCGGACACUUUCAGUGGGAAUGAUGGUGGUGAGGUCGACAAAGCAGUUCUGGAUUCCUCGACUCCAGAAAUGAGCGAUGAUGAUUAUCCCCACGGCAUCAAGCUUGUACUCCUCUCCGCCGCGUCUCUAGUUUCGGUCUUCUUGAUCGCAUUGGACCAGACCAUUGUUGGUACCGCCAUUCCCAAAAUCACAGACGAGUUUCACGGUAUCGACGACGUAUCUUGGUAUGCAGCGGCCUACUUUAUGACCUUUGGCGCUGCACAGCCCUCUGCCGGAAAGAUCUACAAAUACAGCAACCUCAAGUGGACCUUUAUAGUCUCCAUGAUCAUCUUCGAGGUUGGCAGUCUGAUCUGUGGUGUUGCGCCCAGCUCCGAGACCUUGAUCGUUGGACGUGCCAUUGCGGGACUAGGUGGCGCCGGCCUGUCAGUGGGUGGCACCAGCAUCAUUUCCUUCACCGUCCCACCGGCAAAGCGACCUAUGAUGAUGGGCCUGAUAGGAAUGACCUACUGUGUUGCUGCUGUUCUUGGCCCUAUUGUCGGUGGCGCCUUCACCGAUGGCGUGAGUUGGAGGUGGUGCUUCUACAUCAACUUGCCAGUUGGAGGAGCUGCCACUCUGGCAAUUUUCUUCUUCUUCAAUUUGCCGGCCGCUGCUACCGCUGCAUCACCACGAAUCUCGCUGACGAAGAAGUUGCUGCAUGUGGAUCCGGUUGGCAUUUCCUUGGCCAUGGGAAGCCUCACCUGCUACAUCCUCGCCCUUCAGUACGCUGGAGUCAGAUACUCGUGGAACAGUAGCCAGGUCAUUGGUCUCUUCUGCGGCUUUGGACUCCUCGCGAUUGCCCUACUGAUAUGGGAAAUCUGGUUGGGCGAUUACUCCAUGAUGCUGCCGAGGCUCUACAAGUCACGCUCACUCUCGGCCACUGCACCCUUCGGCUUCUUCUUCAUGGGAAGCUAUAUCAUCCUCCUGAUCUAUCUCCCCAUCUACUUCCAGAGCAUCAAGGAAGCGAGCCCCAUCAGAUCCGGCGUCGACAACCUGCCUCUUGUGCUCGCCGCCGCCGUAUUCGCACUCGCUGGCGGAGCUGUCGUCAUGCAGACCGGACGCGCUCAGCAAGUCAUGUUCGGAGCCUCCGCGCUCGCCACCGUCGCCAUCGGACUCAUCUACACCUUCGAAAUCAACACCUCGACCGCGAGAUGGGUCGGUUUCCAGUUUUUCGUCGGUGCGACCUUGGCUUUCGGCAUUAUGCAUGGCCUGAGCGUCGCCCAAGCCUACGUAGGGCCUGAGGAUCUUGCAGCCGUCACGGCCAACCUAUUGUUCUUCCAAACAGUCGGCGGUGCAUUCUCGACUUCCGCGGGACAGUCGGCAUUCUCCAACAGACUACUUGCAACACUGCCCAAGACAGCCCCCUCCGUAGAUCCAAGCCUCGUCUUCCUGACAGGUGCCUCGGAGCUCCACAACGUGUUCCCGCCAGACAUUCUGCCGGGCGUUCUUGAGGCAUACAUGACCGGUCUGAAGGCCGCCUUUGCCGUCUCCAUUGCCUUUUGUGGUACGGCAUGCUUGGUCAGCCUGGCGAUUCCCAUGAGAAAGCUUCCUACUCAUGGAAAGGGCAAUGGUGCUAUGGCUAUGAGCUAG